AAAAAGAAACCCCUUCAUUCGCUGUCUGUCACCGUCGCAGGAAGACGUUUAUAUGUGAGCGCCUGCGCGAGCUAGAGCGCGCGUACGCACGUGCAUGUGUGUAUUCUCGCGGUAUUUGGAGAAACAGGAGCAGGUAUAGAGGAGUUGGGGGAAGCAACCCCUUCCUCCUCCUCCUCCUCAAGCGGUAGCAAACGAAGCGACGGCAUCCGCGGCCAGCGGGACGACGGCGACGAUUUUUUCGUGUUCUCGCGAGAGUUGGUGGCUAACCUUCUUCCCCUCACUUUCCUUACCUUCCUUUCCCCCCGCCCCUCCCCCCAACCUGGAAGCGGCGCCGUUUCGCUCAGGGAAGUAAGAGGUGAAGGAUGGGGAUCCCGGUCUGGCGGCCCUGCUAGUGUCCCGGGCCGAGGGAAGAGGGAGGGGGUUCUUCAGAAAGAACCAAUUCGCUUUAACCAGGGGCCUCCCGGCGUAUUCGGAAAGACCCAGGCCUUGGGGCGGGUGGAGGUGUAUUCCGCUCCCCCGCUUCCUUAGGAACUUAAAAGAGAGUUGGGGUACUCCGUCAAUCCGGCUGCCGCUUUCCUUUCUGUGGGAACCCAAGGCAUUGAGUUAGGGGGAGAGGCAGCUCUGACUCACGGGAAACCAUUGCUUAAGUACUUGGGGCCCCUCCUGCUUUGAGGGAACCCAUACAUCAGAAGUGGAAGGGAGUGGGGUCACUUUCCAGAACUUUUUGGCUCGUGUUUUGUUUUUUGUUUGGGCUUGGAGAGUUGCAUCAACUUGCCUGUUUAUCAGUAGGGUCUGAAAUUAUAAUAGACUCUUCAUUUGGCCCCUUAGGGUUAUUAAUUUCAGGAACUAGGGAUUAAUUGAAAUUUGGAGUUAAGGGAGGAGUAGGCCCUUAACCCACCCUUUUCAUAUUACCUUUAAGACUUGGGGCAGAAGACUGUCUGAUCAGAGUUGUAUGUGUCCUAUUUAAAAGGCUUUGAGGAGCCCUGUUUAGAUUUUUUUUUUAAUCUCCAGCUUGGUCAACUUUUUGAGUGCUAUUCUAGCCAGCUUUGUAGACCCAGACACUUCUGACUCAAAGGAAAGAGAAAAAUAGAUUGAAUGUAGGAGAAACUCAUCGAAAGAGAAAACAGCCCCUUCCGCUGUGGGAGGGGGUGUUUUGACUGCUAGGGUUUUGGGGUUUGGGAAAAUUCCCCCCUCUUUUCAAGCACAGUGGAGAAGGAAUGCCAAACCCAGAGAGACAUGGGGGCAAGAAGGAUGCAGGAGGUGGGGGGUCUUUGUGUCAAGAGACAGCAUCUAGUAGUAGUAGUUCAAAUAGUAAGGAGAGGCAUCGACUCUCCAAACAUAAAAGGCACAAAUCCAGGCAUUCCAAAGAAUCACUGCUGGGGGCCCAAGAAGCAGGAGCAUCGCUUGGCAGCAUGAUCAAACCAUUGGUGGAGUAUGAUGAUAUUAGCUCUGACUCGGACACCUUCUCUGAUGAAGCAGUCCUCAAACCAGAACGCAGGGAGAAUGAGGAGAGGAAAGGGAUGUCGGAGAGGAGCGACCGACUACAUAGGCAUCGUCAUCACCAGCACAAGCGCAUUCGUGAGCUGAUGAAAAGUAAAGUGGCAGACAAGGAGAAAAGGCUGGAAAGGAACCAAGAAUCUUCAGGCAAGUUGAGUUCCGCUAAGGACAGGGUGUCAGGGUCCUCAAAAAGACUGCAUGAGGAGACUGAUGACCACUCAUCAAAGUCAUUCAAAAGCAGCAGCAAGGAGUCUCGGUCAACCAAAGUGCACAAGGAGAAGUCCAGGAAAGAGCGGGAAGCAAAAUCUGGACACAAGGACCGCAGCAAAAGUCACCGGAAAAGAGAUGCUCCCAAAAGCUACAAAUCAGUGGACAGUCCAAAACGAAAAUCCAGGAGCCCUCACCGGAAAUGGUCUGUCAGCCCCAAGCAGGAUGACAGCCCUUCAGGAGCAUCCUACACACAGGACUAUGACAUCAGCCCUCCACGCUCUCACACAUCUAGCAAUUAUGAUUCCUACAAGAAAAGUCCUGGUGGGUCCUCGCGAAGGCCAUCAGACAGCCCGCCAUACAAAGAACCAGCUGCGUACCAAUCCAGCAUGCGCUCUCCCAGUCCUUACGGUAGGAGACAGCGGUCAGUCAGCCCAUAUAGCUGGAGACGGUCGUCCAGUUAUGAGAGAGGAAGUGGAUCAUACAGUGGAAGGUCCCCCAGCCCACCCAGCAGAAGGCGGUCCAGCAGUCCUUUUAUUCCUAAACGGUCAUUGAGCCGGAGUCCUGUAUCCAGGAAGCCUGUGAAGUCCCGAAGUCGAAGUCCUGCUUAUUCAAGACACUCAUCAUCUCAUAACAAAAAGCAAAGAUCUGGGUCCCGGAGCCGCCAUUCCAGUAUCUCACCUGCACGGCUGCCUUUGAACUCCAGCCUGGGAGCUGAGCUGAGUAGGAAGAAAAAGGAAAGGGCGGCAGCGGCAGCGGCAGCGGCGGCGGCGGCAGCAAAAGUUGAUGGGAAGGAGACCAAGAACUCACCUAAUUUUUUGUCAAGGAAAGAAAACAGUCUGGCUGAAGUUAAAGAGUCAGUGGUAGGGGCCAAGAAGGCAAAAACAGCUAAGCCUGAGAAGUGUCCUUCUGAUGCUGAAAUAACAAACGUCUUACACCACAAUGUAGAGACAAAAGCAAUUCCUGAGCCUGUAAAAACAAAGGUGGUAGAAAACUCUGAGAAGAAAUUGUCAGCUUCAGUAAAAGACUCAAAAGCAGUGGGAACAAAAGAUGUAAAACUUGUAGCAAAGGAGGAAGUUGUGACUCCAAAGGAGAUGGAGACAGCUGAACAAGAAGUCCCACCUCCCUUGCCUUCUGUUAAGCUUCUACCUCCUCUGCCAACAUCAUCGCCUCCUCCUCAGGCUCCACCUCCAUUGCCCCCUUUGCCUCCAUCACCAGUUGUUCCUCCUCUGCCAACUACCCAGUCAGCCACUGUUCAUCCUCCUGUUUUGGUCCCAUUGUGUCUGCCAACCUCUACCCACUCCAAGACAUCUCUGACGACUCAGGCUAACUCUCAGUCCACCGCGCAGUCCUCCUUCAAGGCACACGUUUCUGUGACAGUUGCUGUUCCACAUAUGAAAACAUCAACAUUGCCUCCACUCCCUUUCCCACCCAUCCUACCAGGGGAAGAUGACUUGGAUAGUCCAAAAGAGAUUGUUCCCCCGAAACCUUCAAAAAAGGAGAAGGAACAGAGACCCCGGCACCUACUUACAGACCUUCCACUCCCUCCAGAGCUUCCCGGUGGAGACCCUUCUCCACCAGAGUCUCCAGAACCAAAGGCAGCCACACCACCUCAGCAACCAUUGAGAAAGAGACCAAAAAUCUGUUGUCCUCGUUAUGGUGAGAGAAGACAGACAGAAAGUGACUGGGGAAAGCGUUGUGUGGACAAAUUUGACAUCAUUGGUAUUAUCGGUGAGGGGACAUAUGGUCAAGUGUACAAAGCCAAGGACAAAGACACAGGUGAAUUGGUGGCUUUGAAGAAAGUGCGACUGGAUAAUGAAAAGGAGGGCUUCCCCAUCACAGCUAUCCGUGAAAUCAAGAUCCUCCGGCAGUUGAUUCACCGCAGUGUUGUCAACAUGAAGGAAAUUGUUACAGAUAAACAAGAUGCACUGGAUUUCAAGAAGGACAAAGGUGCCUUUUACCUUGUCUUUGAAUAUAUGGACCAUGACCUCAUGGGAUUGUUAGAAUCUGGACUGGUGCAUUUCUCAGAGGACCACAUCAAGUCUUUCAUGAAGCAGUUGAUGGAGGGACUGGACUACUGUCACAAAAAAAACUUUCUCCAUCGAGAUAUCAAAUGCUCCAACAUCUUAUUAAAUAACAGUGGGCAGAUCAAAUUGGCAGACUUUGGACUUGCCCGACUCUAUAGUUCAGAAGAAAGCCGUCCAUAUACCAAUAAGGUAAUUACAUUAUGGUAUCGACCACCUGAGUUGCUGCUAGGCGAGGAGCGUUACACACCAGCCAUAGACGUCUGGAGCUGUGGCUGUAUCCUUGGAGAACUGUUUACAAAGAAGCCUAUUUUUCAAGCCAACCUUGAGUUGUCCCAGCUUGAAUUAAUCAGCCGUCUUUGUGGGAGCCCAUGUCCAGCUGUGUGGCCAGAUGUCAUCAAACUUCCCUACUUCAACACCAUGAAACCGAAGAAACAAUAUCGAAGGCGUUUGCGGGAGGAGUUUGCCUUCAUUCCUUCUGCUGCACUUGAUCUGCUGGACCACAUGUUGACACUGGACCCUAGUAAACGAUGCACAGCAGAGCAAGCCUUGCAAAGUGACUUCCUAAAAGAUGUUGAUGUUAGCAAGAUGGACCCUCCAGACCUUCCUCGCUGGCAAGACUGCCAUGAACUGUGGAGCAAGAAAAGGCGGCGACAGCGACAAAGUGGUAUUGUGGUGGAGGAGCCCUCUUCGGCAAAGGUUUCCCGGAAGGAGUCAGCUUCCAUAACAAGCACAGAUACUGUAAAGAAUCACAGCAGUCCAUUACAGCCACAGCCUGCCCAAAUCAAAGUCCAAUCUGGUGCUGGAGACUCAUUUGCAAGCCUUGGCGACAUCACCCAGCAGCUGAAUCAGAGCGAACUGGCAGUCUUAUUGAACUUGUUGCAGAGUCAGACAGAUCUCAGCGUCCCACAGAUGGCCCAACUGCUCAAUAUCCACUCAAAUCCUGAGAUGCAGCAACAGCUGGAAGCUCUCAAUCAGUCCAUCAAUGCACUCAAUGAAGCUGCCACCACCACCACUCAAUUACCACAGGAUACCCAGAAAGUAGUUGAAGAAGAAGUAGCAGCCACUGAGGAGCCACCACCCCCAGCCCAGCCAUCUGAGGAUCAAGCCACCCCAGAAGCAGCCAGCACUCAGGGAGACGUGCAGAGCGUCCUAGCUGUUUUGUUGAGCCAACUCAUCAAGACCCAGGAGCCUGCAGCAAAUGUGGAGGAGAACAACAGUGAAAAGAGCAGUGAGCUGAGGGGGCCACGGAAAACCCCCACUUUGCUUCAGGAGGAAACAGCAGCCUGUCCUCACAUUCUCCCACCAGAGAAGAGACCCCCUGAACCUCCUGGACCGCCACCACCACCACCCAAUCUGGCAGAGGACAACGUCUCUGAUGCAGCUCAGGAGUUGAACCCAGCAGUGACAGCUGCCCUCCUGCACCUUUUAUCCCAGCAAGAGGCAGGGCCACUGAGCCACCCAAAGCAUGAACCCCAAGUUGAGAGGCCCUCCUUGGAUUUCACCAGGUCCAAAACAUCCUCCAGGACUUACGGCGCUGACAGUGGCCCCGAGGGCUGCAGCUUUGAUAUUGAUGAACGGGAUUCCAACCAGACUUUAACAGAGACAUCACCCCAGAUCUUGGGGAAAAGUAGGACCUUUCUGGACUCCACAAGUCAUCUCGGGGAGUCAAGCACCUACCAGGGCGCAGGAUCGGUUCAGUUCCCAGGGGACCAGGACCUCCGUUUCACUCAUGUCCCCUUGGGGAUACAUUCUGCUCUUGGGCAAUCCUUCAUCAAAACUGAGGGGAGCAACAACACAUUGGUACACUCAGAGGCCAAAAUUCAUAACUACAGUGAGGUGGGAGUGGCAAAUGCUAGUUCUAGUGACACAGGAACAAGCCACACAUGGGGGAAUCCAGUCCAAUCCACUUCAUAUGGAAAGGCCUUUCGGGGGCAAAGCAGAGUGCCUCCAAGAGGAGGAAGAGGAAGAGGCAUCCCUUAUUAACAUGACUGGAAAGUGGAAAUUUGGUACUUUGGGAGGGUUGUGUUUUAUCCUGUUGCCCUCUUGACCUUAGAGCAGUCAGUGUAUCAGGGCAACCCGGUGCCCAUGUCCAGCCACCACAAAAAUGGCUUAUUCUUAUCUCCCUCCUCCUUUUUUUUUCUCAGACUGCUGCUCUUCCUUUUCCCCAGUGGCUUUAGAAUGAAGAAUCUUAGCCUUCUCCUGACACCUGUAUACCAAAAUAUCUACCAAUUUGGGUUUGAUGUGGCAUGUUCUCCAACUCAGAGAUGCAGGGGAAAGGGUGAAAGGGGAAGGAAAGAAUCCUUGAAAAAAAUGCAUAAUAAAUUGGAAAUAUGAACUGAA